ACAAUCUUUAAUAUGGGGUGCACAUGAUAUUAGCUCUGAAAGAUCACAAACACAAAAUGUAAUCAAUCAUAUUGAACAAUUACUGACUGAAACUGAAGCGAAAAAAAUAAACAUAAAGGCAUUUGUUUCAGAUUCCGCUGGCAAUCUUAGAGAUGAACAAAUGUGUAUUUAUAAUAAAUAUAUUGCACUAAUUGUGCCUG